UUCGACAAAGACGCGUGGGUUGCCUCCUUGUCCGAAGAACAACGCCAGCUCCUCCAGUUGGAAAUCCAGCACUUGGAAAUCUCGUGGCUCACACUCUUGCACAAAGAACUCACCAAGCCCUAUUUCAUUAACCUAAAGAAAUUUUUGCUCCAGCAGUCCAAGUUCAAGAAAGAGGUUUUCCCACCGGAGAAUGAAAUCUAUUCCUGGUCCCACUUGACUCCGUUCCCAAAGUUACGGGUUUUGGUCAUUGGUCAGGAUCCGUACCACAACAAUGGCCAGGCGCACGGAUUGGCCUUCCUGGUCAAGCCCGGUACCAGACCUCCACCAUCAUUGCAGAACAUUUACAAAGGAAUGAAAUUGAAUUUCGAAAAUUUUGAGAUUCCCCUCUUCAAUGAGCAUAACGACGCGGGGUAUUUGGUCAAAUGGGCUUCCCAGGGGGUCCUUUUGUUAAACACCUGUCUUACCGUGGAAGCGCAUAAGCCAAACAGCCACUCCAAACAGGGCUGGGAGCAGUUUACAUCCAAAAUCAUUGAGAUCAUUGCGGGAGAGGCUGCGAACCCUGGCUGUGUGUGUUUGUUGUGGGGAGGACCUGCACAAAGGACAUUUGACGGGAUUAUCACCCCGAAAAACAGACAACUAGUGCAGAAAAAGCAUUUGAUUUUGAAGAGUUGCCAUCCUAGCCCGUUGAGUGCCAACCGAGGGGGGUGGUUUGAAAAUAGACACUUCAGGGAGUGCAACGAUUGGUUGAUAAAGAAGUAUGGCAAGGGGAUUGACUGGGCCAUUAUCAAAAGUAACUCCGUGCUAUAA